AUGAUGAUGCAGCAUUGCGUCUUGGCUAUCCAGCAGGUUCACUCCCUUGCGGUCAAGACCGAUGAGUUUAAAAAAGAACUGACCAAAAAGACCAAGGAGGUAGCAAAACUUCUUGCGCCACUUAAUAAAGCCGAGGCCCGCAUCGAAGAUCUUCUUGAUAAAGCCAAGGCUACCGAGCUAGCCCUGAAAACAGUCGAGGACCGUGCCGAGGUUGUGGAGAAUGUCAUCAAGGUUGCUCAGACCGAGGCAAAAGAGGCCAAAGAGAAAGAGACUGAAGCCCAAACCGAGCUUCAAACGGCAUUGGCUACAAAGGAGGUUGAAAUCAAGGCGGCCGACGAAAAGGCCUACACUAAGGGGGCGGCCGAUGUACGUGACGAGUAUAAAAAGCAAGUGAAGGCCGGGUUUGGGUCGUGGCACGAGGUGUCCACAUACGAUCCAGCCAACCCCCCAACUGCACUUCCAGUGAUCCAUUUCGACACUAAGGUCACCGUUACCGUAGCUGCUGACGAGAUGGGUAGUAAAAAGGCUGUAGCAGACGACCUUCUAGCCGACAUCCCCAACAUCGUCACCAUACAAUCUUCACCAUUGCAAUCUCAGCCAAAGCCAAAGCCAAAAAGGUUGAAGAAAGCCCAAACAAAGGCAACGGCCCCUCCAAUCACCAUUGAGGACAAGCCAGAUAGAGUCGGCGACAGCACGACUGACAUUGAAGUCGGCGUUACCCUCUCUACUGCCUUGCUCCUUCCAAAAGACCUCGAACGUAAUGCCGAGGUUAGCGAAUAUGAAAACUUCACUCUGAUGUUGCAGCACUCCGUACAAGUGAUCCAGCACGCCCACUCCUUCGCGAUGCAGGCUUUCGACAUUAAGAAGGAGUUGGUCAACAAGACCAAGGAGGCUACUGGCUUGCUGAAGACCGUUAAUAAGGCCGAGGCCAAGAUGAAGACUUUGAUAAGUCAGGCCAAUGCAGCCAGGAAAGCUCAAGAUGAGGCCAAGGAGAAGCAGGAGCUGCUAAGGCCGUUGCUAAGUCUCCUCUUUCUGCCAUUCCCCCCCACUCCAAGCCAAUCCAAGGACGAGGCUGAGUCCGAGGAAGAUGCCGAGGACGACAAGUCUAAAAAUACUGAAGCUGCUGGGGCCAAAUCCCCAAAUUUGAAUGAGCAAUUUUUAGACUUGACUCAGGAUAAGGGGGACGAGGUCUCAAAAGAGGAUGCCUUAUGUGGGAAGAUAAUAUCUGAGGCGCCUAUCACCAAGAAGAGCCUCGACCAGACUCUUGAAGAGAUCGAUGUUGAGCUCGCGGCUGAGAAGGCUGCUGAGAAGAGUUCCCAAAUGUCUUCUGAGAACCAAACCCUUCCAGCUGAUGACGCCGAAUAG